AUGAGCCAAGUAGAAGAUCUUCGCAGGCAGAUCCAAGACACACAAGCCAUCGUGCUCGAGUUGCAGCGAGAGCUCGCACAGGUAAAGGACAUCCAAGCAGUUCAAUGGCUGCUCAAUCACUACACCGCCAUCCACGAUGAGGCAAUGUAUGAUAUGAAGAAGCGCAAAGAGUGGGAAAACCUUUUUGCUGAGGACGGUAUCGCCAUCUAUCCUUAUGGACAACAUAUCGGUCGUGAGGGGAAAGGUGACUGGGCAUUCGGCGGCGUCAAGUACUUCGAGGUCUGCACUUUAUUGAGCAGCAACUUUGAUAUCACCUUCAGCGAUGACCGACAGGCAGCGUUUGUGCGCACAAAUUGUAUCGCUCAAUGGCUGAAGGACAAGAACAAGCUGGACGAUCUCUUCGAUGAGGGCGGCUUUUACCACUGGACGCUUGUAAGGGGUGAGGCGGGGUGGAAGAUUGGGAAAGUGCACUUGACCAUUACAUGGACUCGAGGGGAUGAUCCGACGGGAAUUGGAUCCAAGACAGAUGCGAUGAACGGUCACUGA